AAACAUGACUGUCAGGUCCGUCACUGGCCUUGUCAUCUACCUGAGCUUCUGACAUCACACCAAGGACUAACCUUUGCUGCUGCUCUUCACUCAUCUUUCUGGCAUCUUUGAUAACCGUCCUUCCUCACGACCUCACCUAAGUUCCUAGAGAAAUGGAGAAUAAUCUACCAGUCAACGUCCGGGAGUAUCAAGAACUCGCCAAGAAAGCACUACCAAAGAUGCACUAUGAUUAUAUCAACGGGGGAGCGGAGGAUGAGUACACACUGAAGGAGAAUAUUGCAGCAUAUGGAAGAAUUCUGUUACGGCCACGAGUUCUUGUAGAUGUCAGCAAGAUAGACAUGUCAACAAACUUAUUAGGGUAUGAUAUGCCCUCGCCCAUAAUUGUCGCUCCAACAGGGUCACACAAAUUAGCAAAUCCAGAAGGAGAGGUGGCUACAGCAAGAGCUGCAGCAGCAUGUAACACCAUAAUGGUGCUUUCCUUCUCAUCCAGCUGCAAAAUCGAGGAGGUUGCUUCCAGUUGCGAUGCCAUUCGCUUUUUUCAGUUAUAUGUGUACAAGAGAAGGGAUGUUUCAGCAACAUUGGUACGGCGGGCUGAGAGUUGCGGAUUCAAGGCAAUUGUUUUGACAGUUGACACACCUAUGCUUGGCAGGCGUGAAGCUGACAUCAGAAACAAGAUGAUUGCUCCACGGCCGGCAAACCUUGAAGGGUUAAUGUCAUUCGACGAUGAUCUUGACACUGAAGGCGGUUCCAAGCUGGAAAGAUUCGCACAUAAGACACUGGACCCAUCGUUGUCAUGGAAGGACGUGGAGUGGCUGAAGACGAUAACGAGCCUGCCGAUCCUGCUCAAGGGCAUCGUCACCGCCGAGGACGCGAGGAGAGCGGUGGAGGCCGGGGCGUCCGGCGUGAUCGUGUCCAACCACGGAGCGCGGCAGCUGGACUACGCGCCGGCCACCAUCUCCGUCCUCGAAGAGGUGGUUAAGGCGGUGGCGGGGGCCGUCCCGGUGCUGGUGGACGGCGGGGUCCGGCGGGGCACCGACGUGCUCAAGGCGCUCGCGCUCGGCGCGCGGGCGGUCAUGGUGGGAAGGCCGGUGUUCUACGGGCUGGCGGCGAGCGGGGAGGCCGGGGCGAGGCACGUGAUCGAGAUGCUGAACGCCGAGUUGGAGCUGGCCAUGGCGCUCUGCGGCUGCCGGAGCGUGGCGGAGAUCACCAGGGGACAUGUCCAGACAGAGGGCGACCGGAUCAGGGCCCUGCUGUGACCCAACGUUCCAGGCUUCCAGAGUGCACUCCUGGUCGCGCAGCCAGUGUGUCGUGCAGUGCAGUCAGGGCUGCGAUGUGAGCGCAUGUAAGUAUGUGACAUUGGUCGCUCGAGAAAUAAGCCACAAUUUACCUUCGAGAUUUAUAUAGGAUUUUAAGUUUAUAGGAAAAAAAAUAUGUUUUGAAUAUUUAUUUUUAGUUUAAAAUAAGAAUAAGAUGUAUAAAUAAAAAAACCAUCAAUAUUUUACGGCU